UGUGGGCAGUGGGCACACGCGUUUAGUGCAGUUUUAUAUUUGGUGAAAGAUUGUUUUUUUGUUUUUUUUUCUUUACAAAAGAAUCACAACAAAAUCUCGUGGAGGUCGAGUGUCAAACAUUGGUUCGAAGAAGAGUAAACUGUGUCAAAUGUCACUCAGUGGUUUCGUCGAGUUUUUUCAAAAGGGAAAGACCUUUCGCCCAAAGAAGAAGCUGGCCCAAGGUACCAUGAGGUACUCGCUUUACAAACAAGCCCAGGCGUCUCUCAAUUCUGGAAUAAAUUUGCGCAACGUCGUGAAAUUGCCACCGGGAGAAGAUCUGAACGACUGGAUCGCGGUACACGUUGUGGAUUUCUUCAAUAGAAUUAAUCUCAUUUAUGGUACAAUAUGUGAGUUUUGUGACUCAACUUCCUGUCCAACAAUGAGCGGUGGUUCCCGCUUUGAAUACUUAUGGGCAGACGGUGACAAGUAUAAGAAACCAACGGCACUGUCCGCACCGCAGUACGUGUCUUUAUUAAUGGAUUGGGUCGAGACUCAAAUUAACAACGAGGCUCUCUUCCCCGUGUCAACAGAUGUUCCGUUUCCCAAGACUUUUAUACCGCUAUGUCGAAAAAUACUGACACGAUUGUUCAGAGUGUUUGUUCAUGUCUAUAUUCAUCAUUUCGACAGAAUAAUACUCAUUGGAGCCGAACCUCACGUCAACACGUGUUAUAAACACUUUUACUAUUUCAUCACGGAAUUUAAUUUAAUAAGUCAUAAGGAAUUGGAGCCACUAGCCGAAAUGACCCAAAAAGUGUGUAAAGACGCGGUACCAUCGAAAUCGAGAAGAUAGUCGUUUCGCUUGCAUUUCUCUGAUGCGUCUCGUUGAUAGAUAGGAUAGAUAAUUGAUAUCGAAUCUCUCUUACAAAUGUACAUAGAUGCGAGCAUUUACAAAUUUAUUGACUGCCGUAGGAUUUGUUGUUUUGUUACCUGUAUAAGGUUUGGCAAUUUUUUUCAACGUUAUUUACAAGUAUUUUUUUUAGAUCUAUUUGUAAAUUUUUGAUAUUAGAUACUACUAGAUAUUAGGUAUUACUAUC